AUGCCCUCUCCCCACCUCGACUACCUCGUUGCCCACGAACCUCUCUUCCGCCCCACACGCCUGCCGUCACUCUACUCGGACCUGGCCGUGCAGAAAAAGUCCAACCCGGAGGGAUACGCGGCCAACGCCACGGCCUGGACCGCCGCUCUCACCCGCUUGGCCCUAGCUGGUCGACUGUCCCCGGAUCGAAACACGCUUGUCCUGCGCACGGGGGACGCGCUGCUCGAUGCACUCGCCAGUCCCACGUACGGUCCGCCUAACCACUUGGGCUGUGUGCUCGACGACGCUGUCGCGCGGGGGGUGUUUAUUGAUGGGUCCGAGUUCCUGGGUGCUGAGAAGUCAAUAUAUGCGCGCAGUUGGGUCCCCAGCCCGCGGGCGGUGUUGAGAUGGGGAUUGCGGACCGUGGGACUGGAGUUCGGGAGUGGGAGUUACACAGUAGGCGGCAGCAGCAGCAGCAGCGGGAAACUUAGGCCGGGGACACUGGUUGUUGUGCCGGCGUUAGAGGAGGUCUCGAAUCGAUUACAGCCUCUUAUUACGGGGAUGGGGUCCGCGCUGACGGACCGGGUGAUGAGUCGGGAAGCAUUUGCACAAGAAGUCGGCGUCCUACUGGCGAAGAGCCGGGGUCAGGGUGAGGACGAAGGCACAUCGAUAUCGGACACAGAUCUUCAGGUCCUACUACGCUAUCUAUCGCGCGAUAAACAGCUCCUCAGCUACGAUGCCGAGGUCGUGAAAUUUAAGGCCCCGGCGUCGUCCACAGGCCCGGAACCAAUCACGCAAGAAGAUCGGUCGAUCGCGUCGCUGAAAUCACUAAUGGAGAGUCUGCGGCGACAGACGACGACACUUUCCGCGCGCGUCGUGGGCCUGCAGACCCAGGCCGCGCAGGCCGUCAAGAUGGGCAACAAAGCUUCGGCGCUGUCGGCGCUGCGGAGCAAGAGACUUGCGGACCGGACGCUUCAAAGCCGACUGGACAAUCUAGCGCAGCUCGAGGAAAUCUACACAAAGGUCGAGUCGGCCGUCUCGCAGGUCGAGAUCCUCGCGGUCAUGGAAUCCAGCGCCAGUGCUCUAAAGACGUUGAACGCGAAGAUCGGGGGCGUGGAGCGCGUCGAGGAUGUUCUCGACAGUCUGAGAGACGAAGUCAGCAAGGUCGAUGAAGUGAGCAAUGUACUAAGCGAGCCGGGCGCCGUGGACCAGAAGGCUCUGCUUGACGAGGCGGACGUAGACAACGAAUUGGAGCAAAUGGAGCAGGAAGAGCGGGAGAAAGCGCAAAAGGUGCAGGAGGAGAAGACGCGGGAGAAAUUACAGCAAUUGGAAGCGUUGGAGCAGGUACGCCGAGAGCAAGAGCGGGAGCGAGAACAGCAACGGAAGCAGCAGGAGCAGGAACAGGAGAAAGUCAACGACAAUCUAUCAUCGAGUAUCGAGAAGAUGCGCACAUUGGAUAUCGACGAUCUACGGACCAGGAACGACGCUCCAGGCAGGGUGAAGGAGAGGGAGCAGGAGCAGGAGCAGGAGGAGAGUCACAGGCAGCCCGUCGCUCAAGAAGCGUCCUGA